UGCGUCAUCAGCUGACUUGCAGGAGCGACGAGAAUCAAAACAGAAAAUCAGAUUAAAACUCAAACUGGCUUCGCUUUAAUGACGCGGUUAUCAGCUUAGGGUUGUUUCCCCAGACAGUUUUAAAAUGAUUCACUUCGCCAUACCUACAUCCUGCCUCCGCCUCAUGGUGCAGUAGAAACAGAGAUGGAUAAGAUCCUGGAAGCUUUGGUGAGUUCAUCUCACCCCUUAACCAUCAAACGGGCCAUAGUGAAGAAGGUGGUAGAGGCUGCAGAGAAGGAGGUGACGGAGGAGCAGUGCCAGGCCCUUUACCGCCUGACUGCACGCCUCAUCCUGCAGAGCGAGGACACCUUCCAGCAACAGGUGGGCCAGCAGGUGCAGGAGGCUUAUGCCCGCUUCCACCGGGAUGAGUUUGCACGAUUUCUCAGCAAGGAGUUCGUCCUGGGGCUCUUGCAGCAGGGCUACGGAUCGCUGGACCGGAGGGACCCGGCCAUCCUGGACUUCCUGCAUGGCUGCCUGCGGCUCCUUCUCAGCUGCCCAGCCGUGCUGGAGCUGGCGCCGCUGAUGCAAACAGAAGUGCUACGAAUGGUUUGUGAGCGUCCUGAGGCCGCUCUCUGUGCCAAACUGGCUGCUCUACUGACCGACUUCCCUCAGUGUGUGCCGCGGGACAAAGCAGCCGUGCUGUUCUGUCAGCAGCUGGUGCGAACCUUUGCCCAUUUUCAGUGCCCAGUGGGCCAGGAGGCAGAGCUGCGGCGUUACGUCACGCAGGUGAGUCGCGUCGCCACUCUGCUGCAGGGCAUCUGGAAGGUGGAGCCAGCCACACUACUGCCGUCGCUUCAGGAGGUGUUCGCUAUCAUCUCCUCUACAGACCCUUCCUUUGAGCCCUCCAUUGCUUUGGCCAGCCUGGUGCAGCACAUCCCUCUGCAGAUGAUCACAGUCCUCAUCAAGAGUCUUACCACUGACCAAAACGUCAAAGAUGCCAGUAUGACACAAGCACUCAGCAGGAUGAUCGACUGGCUGUCUUGGCCCCUUGCCAAUCAUGUAGACACCUGGGUUAUUGCUCUACUGAAGGGACUGGCUGCUGUGCAGAAAUUCACUAUCCUCAUAGAUGUCACAUUGCUCAAAAUUGAACUGGUCUUUAAUCGUCUGUGGUACCCCAUUGUAAGACAGGGCGCAUUAGCUGUUCUCUCUCACAUGCUGCUUAGCUUCCAGCACUCUCCAGAGUCAUUCCACCUGGUGGUUCCCCAUGUAGUACCACUGGUGCAGUCUCUGCAGACCGAUGGGCUUCCCACCAGCAAAGCCUUCUUGCUGCAGUUCACUGAGCUGAUCCACUGCAUGAUGUACCAGUACUCUGGCUUUCCUGACCUCUACGACAGCAUCCUCGAAGCCAUUAAGGAACUACCUAAACCUAGUGAGGAGAAGAUCAAGUUUGUGCUGAACCAAAGUGCCUGGACCUCGCAGUCAAACUCUUUUGCCUCAGGACUGCUGAGGCUUACGGGCAAAUCGGAGACAGGAAAGACGGGUCUUGUGAACUUGGGCAACACAUGUUACAUGAACAGCAUCAUUCAGACCCUCUUCAUGGCUACAGAUUUCAGGCGGAGUGUCUUAUCCCUGCAUCUGAAUGGCUCUAAUACCCUGAUGAAGAAGCUUCAACUCCUCUUUGCUUUCUUAGCUCAUACACAGCGAGCAGCAUAUGCACCAAGGAGUUUCCUAGAAGCAUCACGGCCACCCUGGUUCACAGCUGGCUCCCAGCAAGACUGUUCUGAGUAUCUGCGCUUUCUUUUGGACAGAUUGCAUGAGGAAGAAAAAACUCUUCGAGCGCUUCAGACAGCAAAGCCUACGGUGGUCUCGGCCAAUGCCGAGGGUAUUGGUGACUGUGCGGCUCACAGCGUGAACGACACGUUAUCCCAUUCUCAUGCGGAACCUGUGGAUGCCGAGGGUGACGGGCGGACUCUAGUUGAGCGAAUGUUUGGUGGCCGUCUUUCCACGAGCAUCUGCUGUCUGCUGUGCCACAGUCUGUCUGAGAAAGAGGAACCUUUUACUGACCUUUCCCUGGCCUUCUGUCCCUCUGCCCCACAGUCCACUCUAGGACCCUGCCAAGGAGCCGUUAAUGGAGGCAGUGAGAAUUUGGAAGGCCCUGUUAAAGAAGCCCAGAGUGUAGAGCGGCCUGCAAUUGAGCCAGCCCUGUCCCUGCAUGACCUCCUGGAGUAUUUUCUGGCCCCAGAGAUCCUGGAGGAGGAGAACUGCUACUUCUGUGAGCGCUGUGGGUCACUGCAGCGGGCCGAGCGUGUCAUGAGGGUGGUGACCGCACCUGAAUACCUCAUUCUCACACUGCUGCGCUUCUCUUAUGACGCCACAUGCCAUGUCCGCCGCAAGAUCCUGGACAAUGUGGGCAUGCCGCUGCGCAUGUGCCUGCCCGUUCACCAGCAUCAUGCAUCUGCCUCUAAUACUGCUGCUGUCUCUUCGUCUUCCUCAUCCUUAAUGGCGCAGAUUGACUCCCCCGAGAGUGGCGAGAACUUGGCCAAGAAGCUGAAACCAUCUCAAAGAGAGGAAGAAGAGGAAAGGUUAACGGACACUGGGAGAGAGGGAGGUAUAAAAGGGGGAAGAUCAGGGGUGCAUUUAGUCCCAUAUGUCCUUAGUUCUGUCGUGAUGCAUUCCGGGAUGUCCUCAGAGAGCGGUCACUACUACUCAUAUGGCAGGAACAUGAGCGGGACAGAUGUGUGCGCCGCUGCCACGUCAAUAGCCAAUUCCUGCAGCAAAAAUUCGGAAACGGAGGCGGGGCUUAACAGCGGCCAGUCAGAAAGCUUCACAGCUUCGCAGGAUGUAGUAGAGUGUGGUGGACAAAGCUCCAGCGAAUGGUUCUUGUUCAAUGACAGUCGAGUCACUUUCACCAACUUUCAGUCUGUGCAGAAUGUUACAAGUCGCUUCCCCAAGGACACAGCCUAUGUACUGAUAUACAGGAAACAGGACAUUGGUGGACAGCCUGGCGGCACACGAGGUACUGUUAACAGCUCAAAGUUUAAUGGGGAGCCGCCACUUCAUAAAGACCUGAUGGAUGCCAUCACCAAAGACAAUAAACUCUUCUUGCAGGAGCAGGAGCUCAACGCCAGAACCCGUGCUCUCCAGGCAGCCUCGGCCUCCUGCUCGUUUCGGCCCAACGGCUCGGACGACAACGAGCCUCCAGGCAGCUGUGGCCCUUCGGGUGGGGGAGGGGGCGGGGGCUUCAAUACUGUCAGCAGACUGGUCUUCUGAGACUGGGACGCACACACUCUCACACACAGCACUGGACUCAGACGUUCAAGCCUAAACACUGGACUCCAUUUACAAUCCAGUCUCUUCGGUUUCCUAAUAACUCUCCCACUUAAAAACAGCUUUGCUUUCUGGUUUGCAUGCAUUUCCCCUUCAUUUUUCCUUGUUACAAAGUGUUGACUAAAGCACUUUUGAUCCUACAGGUCAUGAUUGGCCUAUCCAUGGGCCCAUGCCCUAAGAGCAUUUACGAUUGCCAACUUAUUUAAUAACUAGUGAAUACAUUCAACUCUGAAGAGCUAUUUUUCCCCAACAUGUAACUGUCUUUCUCCACUCAUUUACAUUGUACUUGAAGAGCUGUUUGCUUAGGUUGUUUAUUUAACAUGGUUUUUCCUGUGCUAUGAUUGGUUGAGUGACAUGCCCAUGGAUAGGUCAUGAACUGACACGUUGAUGCAAUAAACUUCCACAGAAGGAUGCAAUACUGAUUUUUGUUCCAUAGAACUUGAGCUACACUAUGGGUUAGCGAAAUAUCUGGCAAAUAUGUGUGAAUAGAUUUUUUUUUUGACAAACAAGACUUAACUUGCAUGCUGAAUAUUUGAAUUGAAUUUUCUUCUGGUUUGGGGUGACAGCAUUGGGGUGCUGUUUUUAUAUUAUAUUAUUUGUUUCAACUAAGUUAUUUCUCGCAUUCAGGGAGUAUUUUUUUCCCCUAGGGUUUUAAGCUGAUUUUAUGUGCCUUUUGAUACACAUUUAAGAUUUUACAGGAUGAUUUGACCUGAUUUUAAAAAAAGCCUUGUGCUUGCUGUACAGUGUUAAUAUGUGAUCCAUGUUUUUCUUUUUCUCCAACAGUAAAGGUGCAUCGAGAA